AUGGAAGGCUUAAUUUUAUUUAUUGGGGUCAUAGGCAACAUCAUCUCAGUGCUGAUGUUCCUUGCUCCUGUCGGAACGUUUUGGAGAAUUGUAAAGCACCGAUCGACGGAGGACUUCGAGAGUCUGCCUUAUGUUUGCACAUUCCUCAACUCCUUCUUGUGGACUUACUAUGGAAUUAUAAGGCCCAACGGAGGAUUUCUUGUGGCCACUGUCAAUGGUUUUGGUGUCGUUGUUGAGAUUAUCUACCUUAUUUUGUUUCUAGUAUAUGCCCCAGCAAAGAUGAGGGCAAAGACGGCCAUCUUGAUUGGAACCUUGGAUGUGGGUUUCCUAGCAGCGGCCAUUUUAGCUACCUGGCUGGCAUUGCAGGGAGAGACACGUAUUGCUGCACUAGGGAUCAUUUGUGCAGGCUUAAACAUCAUGAUGUACGGCUCGCCGCUAGUUGCCAUGAAAACAGUGAUAACAACUAAGAGUGUGGAGUACAUGCCAUUCUUCCUCUCAUUUUUCUUUUUCCUCAACGGAGGGGUGUGGACUCUCUAUGCUUGGCUCAUACGAGAUGUUUUCCUUGGGGUACCAAACGGGAUUGGGUUUCUUCUUGGAACAACGCAGCUAGUGCUAUAUGCGAUUUACAGAAAUGCCAAACCAGCCGAUAACAUUUCAAGUGGGCUGCUGGAAGAAGGAAGGCACCAUGAACCUCUUAUCUCACCUUCUUCUGCUACUCUAUCUCACCAAAAAAAUGGAGAAAUAUUGGAGACCACUUAA